UUUGUUGGCACGUACGGCGGAGCAUGCAUGAAGAACAAUAGAAGGAGAAAUAAAACAAGCAAAUUACUAACCGUUUUAAAAAGGCUCUUGCACCGGCAACGAGCCAGUCUCUGUAGGGUCUUAGAGCUGUAAAGACGUAUGAAAUAAACGUGAUUGAAAUCCAUACCCAAUUCCAUUACUUACCUGCGAACCUACGUAGGCACGACCACACGUACACUUAACUAGCGCUGCGGACAAGAUACUGCGAGGCUGUCGAAUCAAGAUUCUCCUCCAAUCUCGUGACGAAAAUCAUCAGAGAGGAAGCAGCUGGUGUUUCAACCCCUUUGUCGCAGUAUUUUUUGAACCUUAAGUUUGAAGCCUACCUUCAAGCAGGGAUUCAGCUAAAAUCAUCAAAGAAGAAAGGAGGAUUGGCCACAGCAUGAACAUGAACUGCAAGAAAAACUGAUUCCAUUGUACGAAUCGUACAGGCUGUUGAGGCAAGGACGAUCUAUCGGAGUCAAUAAAGUUGAUAAAAUCAUCACGCAAAUUUACGAAAGCCUGACAAUGCUGACGAAGCUAUUGAGUAUACUCCCUUUUAUAUGGGCGCGGCGUCCAAACUCAGCAAAAUGCUGUCUGUAUCUGACUAUCCUAAGGAAAUGAAUGCCCUCCUCAAGACUCAGACUCGACGCAUGAAAAUGUAUGCGAAUUACGAUGAAUAAUACCGGUUCAUGCUACAAAUAAUGGAGUAUAAUUUGCUAUGAACGACAAUUUCUAUUAUGACAAUCAAGAAAUCCCCGAGAAAGGGCUAAUAUUUGAACGCACCGAGGAUCGGUGGUUGGAACAUUUCCGACUGCGUCCGCAGCAGCAUGAUGUGCCGAACGAGGUGAAAGAUGUGGAUACCCAGGACUACAGGAACAUAGACGACACCCAAGAUGAGCGAGAUGUCCAAUUGGAAUUUAACAAUUACCUGGCAGCCCUUGCUGUCAAUGCGGACCUUGCAGCUGCUGCCGAUUCGGACCCUGUAGCCUCUGCUGUCGAUUUGGGCCAUGCGGACCAUGUUGCUGAGGCGGACCCUGUGUUAGCGGAAAUCAAUAGGGAGCUCGAUAACAUUGCGCCUCAAAUUACCUCCGAUUCGGUCGGCAACGCAGCGACGAUGUUCAAAGUUCAACAACUUCAGGAGAACCAGUCAAUUCCGCCAAGCUGUAUCAAAAUUAAACCAAAGAAGAGUUCGAAGGGCGAAAAAGUUACAUUUUUGUUGCCAAAUGGACCGCUUACCAGGAAACAGAAGAUUGACUCUUUCCUGACAGCAAACACCGCGGUAACAAUGCCAGUACUUAAAAUGAAAUCUUCGGAACCAAAGGCAAAACGAGCUGCAAAGAAGAGGAAGAGAGGGAAUGGACAGGAGCAGGAGCUGAAACAGGUGCGGGAGAAGGAAAAUGAGGACGAAGUUAGCUUUAAAAUAAACAAUAAUGUAUUGCUUAAUUUUCAAAAUUAUCCGCUGUGUCCAGCUCAAGUUAUUGAUAUAUCCGGACGAUACUUACAAAGUGAAGACUUUUCUGGACAACAAAAUUUACGAUCUGCCUGUAGAAUCGUUGGACAUUUUUUCGCAAAGGAAAUGUAUAGAUAUUCUGGAAACAGACGAAAAAUUACGUAUAAAUUUAUCAGAUCGAGCACGCUACGAAAAAGCAGUGCGUGCAGCUAUCAAAUAUAGCCACAAUACUGAGGAAUAAAAUAAUGUUGUUUUGAUGUACUGUAUCACAUAUUAAGAAUAUUGGUUCGUCUCUAUCGGUCUUCCCGAGGCAGGUUGUGUGGUGAGAAAUGAGAGAAAAAAGUUUAAGAUAUUUUCUGUUUUCUUCUCGACGUUUUGACGGACUCUGCAGGAGACUGAUAUGAAAAAAUUUAUUAAAAACUUGUUGUAUAACGAUAUAUGAACAGUGUGAAGAACUUACAAUUAUGGAGAAGAUCGGUACAAAGUUUUGUCGAGAAGGCGAUUCCGAAUUUCAAUUCAAUUUCAGACAAUUUCUUCCGCUAUUGACGUCAGAGCGUGGCUUGUGUUUGUUUUGUUUUCAGCUGAUGUAUAAGGUGUGUGUAUACUGUAUUAGCAUUUCAGAAACUAGUCUUUUAUUUAAAUUGAUCUCUCUAUCUUUAAUGUGGUUGUUUUCAAAAUUGAAGGUGUGAUUCAGAUUGUUAACGUGAUUGGAGAUUACAGUAUUUUUCGAUUUUUUGUGUUUAUUUAUACGUAUACACAUAUUCCUUUUAGUUUGGCUUACAUCUAUUGCAAAGCAGUCAUUACAUUCAAGUUUGUAAACAACGUUGUUUUCUAGAUCUUUAUCUUUUUUGUCUUUGCCUUUUAUGAUGAUUUUUAUUUGGCUAUUAUCACUCUAUACCAACAUUGACAAAUCAUUAGUCAAGAAGAGCAUCGAAAAAAGAUAUAUACAAAUUGUACAGAAAUCUGAAAUACCUCUCAAUGAAAUCUUGUUGGCUUGUGACUACUGUUACUUAUGGAGAAUACGUUCUUUCAAUUCAAUGGCAAAUUUUAUACACAGCUAUUUGGCACACCAACGGGCUCUCCGACCUCGGGUUUCUUUGCUGACAUUUUCAUGGAUGAUCUCGAAACGAAUUACCUAUCUAAACUAUCGUUCAAACCAACAUUCUUGUAUCGAUAUGUCGACGACAUUAUUACAUGUGUGCCGAAUGACAAAGUCGACGAAAUUUUGAAAACAUUCAAUUCUUACAACAAUAGAUUACAAUGUACUCACGAGACUGAGAUCGAUAACUCCAUAAGUUUUCUAGAUGUUCUAUUGAUUAAAGACAAUGAUAAAAUAGUAACUGAUUGGUACACCAAACCGACCUUCUCUGGCAGAUUUUUAAAUUAUACAUCACAACAUCCUUUGUCUCAAAAAAUCACCAUGGUGUACAAUCUUAUCGAUAGAGCGAUAAAAUUAUCCAACAAGAAAUUUCACAAUAAGAACAUUCAAAACAUCAAAAAAUUACUGCAUGAAAAUCAUUAUCCACCCGCCUUCGUUAACAAAUAUAUACGAAAAAGAAUGUCAACUUUAAUAUCGAACACAUUAUCAAGGCAACAGAUUAGCAGUAAUGAAAAACGCAAUAUUGUAAGCCUACCCUAUAUUCAAGGUUUUUACGAGCAGACCAGUCAUGCAUUCAAGACUCUCAACAUCGAAACCGUACCGAAAAUAAAUAGCCAAAUGAAAAACAUCAUCAUAAAAGGCAAAGGCAAAAAAGAUAAAGAUCUAGAAAACAACGUUGUCUAUAAAUUUGAAUGUAACGACUGCUCUGCAAUAUAUGUAAGCCAAACUAAAAGGAAUGUGUGUAUACGUAUAAAUGAACACAAAAAAUCUCCGAUCACGUCAACAAUCUGAAUCACACCUUCAAUUUUGAAAACUACCACAUUAAAGACAGAGAGAUCAAUUUAAAUAAAAGACUAGUUUCCCAAAUGCUACACAUACACCUACAAGAAAACGAUAUUAAUAAGAAGGUAGACACUCAAAAUUUAAAUACAGUAUACACACACACACCUUAUACAUCAGCUGAAAUCAAAACAAACACAAGCCAGGCUCUGACGUCAAUAGCGGAAGAAAUUGUCAAUACGGCCGCUCGACUCUCUUCUCACUGCUUCGCGCUAUAUAGAAUCGAACAGCUGAGAGAGAAACACUGUUCACCUACGUUCCCCCCGCCGCGCAGCGGGGAAGCGCCUUCUCGACAAAACUUUGUACCGAUCUUCUUCAUAAUUGUAAGUUCUUUACACUGACUCAACACCUUUAAAAUUCAAAAAAAAA